ACAUAACAUCACCGCAAUCAACAUUGCACAUUUUCCAUUGCUUGAAUCAAUUUCGUAGUAGGUUCAACUGGAAUGUGAUAUAUAAAAGUCGCUGAAUUAUUCAUCUAUGCUGCAACAACUGAAUAUGAAAUUGGGGACAAGUGGCAAAAUAGGAAUUUGUUGGGCUGCUGUAACUUUCGGUGGAUUAUACGCAUUCUACUUAUCAAAGAGUAACAUCGACAAGAAACGCUACGAGCUUAUGCAAGUACGAGAACGAAUUAGAAAAUCCAACGUCGGCGAAUACGAGAAGAGCUAUCGUCGUUUUGAUUAA